AUGUCUACCAAGUUCGAACGCUCUGUACUUGUCACCGGCGGCACUUCUGGUCUGGGGUACGAAUGUGCAUUGAACAUCGCCCGCAAAUAUCCAGAGUAUCAGAUCAUCAUUGCCGCGAGAUCAGAUGCAAACUCCUCAGCCGAAACAAUCAACAAGACUCUCUGCCAAAACAAUGCUCAAUUCCUUCCCCUCGAUUUACUACAACUUUCCAAGGUCCGCUCAUUUGCCUCGGAUUGGGAAUCUCGUGAUUUCCCGCCAAUCCAAUCAAUGGUUCUGAACGCAGCCUUGCAAUUCCCUGGCCCUGUCGAAUAUUCCGAUGAUGGCUUCGAAAAGACGUUUGCCGUCAGCCACAUUGGCCACGCCCUCCUCCUAUCCCUUUUGCGACCUCACCUCGCCGAUACCGCUCGUAUAGUCAUCGUAUCGAGUGGAACGCACGACCCCCUGCAAGAUACCGGCAUGCCCGACGCCAUCUACAACACUGCCGAAGAGCUUGCUCAUCCUACCCCGGAAUCGGCAAAGGCAAACGGUCGCCAGCGCUAUACUAGCACCAAGUUGGCCAACGUCCUAUACACGUACGCUCUGGGUCGCCGCUUUGAGGCUAUCAACAAGCGAUACGGAAAGAAGUGGACAGUCACUGCGUUUGAUCCUGGUUUGAUGCCCGGGACGGGAUUGGCAAGGAAGGCAAGCACCAUUGAGAAAUUCCUUUGGUCGCGGGUUUUGCCUCACAUUCUGCCGCUCUUGCGCCUUGUGAUGUCUCCCAAUGUUCAUACUGUGCAGGAAUCUGGGAAAGCACUUGCCAGACUGGCGGUUGGUUUGGAUGUUGAGGGGUCUAGUGCGGUGUACUAUGAGGGUAUGAAGGUUAUCGAGUCUAGCGAAGUGAGCCAUGAUCAGGCGAAGCAGGAUGAUUUGUGGGAGUGGACAGUGGGAACUUUGGCUGCUGAUGAUAAGGAGAAGAGAUUGUUUGAGUUUGGUGACCUUCAAGUUGUUUGA